GUUUUCCCUCUUCCGGGCCUCGUUCUCUUUCUCUGCUCACGCUGCUCACUCCUAGUCACGUACGGACGCACGCCUUGACCAGCCACGGCCAUGGGUUCGCUGUGCCUCCAGCCGCCGUUGCUCCUCUCCAUCUCCGCUCACCAGCAAGAUCAUUUCCUGCCAUCACUUUGUCCUGCCCACAAAAACGCAAAAAGGCAAACUUCCGUGUCCAGCCAACGGGGCCAAGGCCGCCCUACCUUGGAUUGCUGUAAGAACUUCUUGGGCUGGAAAUGUUCCUACGAAAGGAUAUCACAUCGACCAGUAGAUAAUUGUGCAAAUGCUUCGAUGCAACCACUGCGGUCUGAGCCUGAGGCAAAUGAUUCUGCGAGCAUCUGGAAUCCAAUAUCAACUUCUCUGGAUGCGUUUUACAGGUUUUCGCGGCCACAUACUGUCAUAGGAACAGCACUGAGCAUAGUCUCAGUUUCACUACUAGCUGUCGAGGGCUUGUCUGAUAUUUCUCCUUUGUUCCUCACUGGUUCGCUGGAGGCAGUGGUGUCCGCCCUUUUCAUGAACAUUUAUAUUGUUGGGCUGAAUCAGUUGUCUGAUAUUGAUAUAGAUAAGGUUAACAAGCCAACUCUUCCGCUAGCAUCUGGGGAAUACUCUCCUGCAACCGGGGUGGCAAUAGUAACAACCUUUGCUGUUCUGAGCUUUGCCGUUGGAUUUGUUGUUGGAUCACAGCCUCUGUUAUUGGCUCUUUUUAUUAGCUUUGUUCUUGGAACGGCUUAUUCAAUCGAUCUACCAUAUUUUCGAUGGAAGAGAUCUGCUGUUGUGGCAGCACUCUGCAUAGUAGCAGUACGAGCAGUGAUUGUUCAACUGGCAUUUUUUCUCCACAUACAGACAUUUGUCCUCAGAAGACCAAUGGCCAUUUCAAAGCCAUUGAUAUUUGCAACUACAUUCAUGACCUUCUUCUCAGUUGUAAUAGCAUUAUUCAAGGAUAUACCUGAUAUUGACGGGGACCGCAUAUUUGGAAUUAAAUCUUUCAGUGUCCGGUUAGGCCAAAAGAAGGUUUUCUGGAUUUGUGUUGGACUACUGGAGAUGGCAUAUGGUGUUGCAAUGUUGAUGGGAGCUGCUUCUUCCUGUUUAUGGAGCAAAUAUGCAACUGUUGUCAGCCAUGCAGUCCUUGCUGCAAUCCUAUGGAAGUGCGCUCGAUCAGUUGACUUGACCAGUAAAUCUGCAAUAACAUCCUUCUAUAUGUUCAUCUGGAAGUUGUUCUACGCGGAGUACCUGAUUAUUCCACUAGUCAGAUGAGGGCAACUUGCUUCAGGGAUUGAAGAGGUUCGGUGCGAGGACAGUAUACAAACAAGACUGGCUGAGCUUGCUUCUCUGUUAUUUGAAGUCCGAACAGGUGAGCGCGGAGGACAAUGCCAAAUUGUAUCAACUUAUUCCUAAAACAAUUAAUGCAACUUAUUGUGAUCACUCUUGUAAAGGACUCUGCGGCCCUCAGAUGUGUUUGCCUGAAAAAGAAUAGAAAAGAUAAACAAAUUGGCAUGCUUA